UUUUGGUCUAUGUCGCGUCUCACCUCAACUGCGGGUUCCUUUCAAGCAGUAGAAUAUCUCGGAUGGAGGCCGAUGAAGCAGUAAACUAUUGAUUUAUGGGAUUCUCUCAGAUUUUUCUCCACUCUCGCCCUUCAAAGCGCUGCGAUCCCGCUUCUUUCGUGUUUCCGUGGCAUGAGAGUGUUGUGGAAUCUCGACCAGCAAGUAUCAGAGCUUAUUUAACGUAUCGAAGAAAUGUAUUUACCAAGUAACAGGUAUACCACCCAGCACUCGGCCAAUGGAGCUUGCCAUCGGGUUCACUUCCUCGAUGCAGGCGGGCAAAUUAGGGAUAUGGCAUUAUCAUUCAACACGCUCCCAUUUCAUAUACGGAGUACAGACAAUUGCACUUCACAAAUGUGAAACAGCAUAACCGUCGGACCGGGACGUACAUGGCCCCCACAACCCUUAGGAAAGCAAGGACAAUUGAAAAUACACAUAUUCGCUACUGAUCAAAGCAAAAGCAGUAAUGUGCGUUUUGCUUAAUCACAAUUAUAUUUAGUGAAACCCUAGGCCAAACACCAACGAUUAGAAGGACGUCAUUAUUGGGGCCGGGGAGGGAGGGUGAAAGGGGACAGGAAGAAAAGAAGUGAACAAAAAUUACCAUCCAUUUGAUACCACGUUGAACGCAGAACCAACGUCAUAUAUAUCUAUGGGUAUAUCGUAGUCCACUUAAGGGACAUGCCGAGAGAAAAUACAGGAACUGUAUAUACAGAACGAAAACGUAGUGAGAAGCGCCAACCAGUGCAAAAAUACAAAAAGAAAAAAUACAAGACAGCUGAUAGUCACCGAAAAAUACCAUGGUCUGAAGUCCGCCGAUAAACGCCGAACCCCCAUGCCAUCCGCAAGAUAGCCAAACCCCAUGCCAUGCCCAAACUAUCCCAUAUGACAUUCAGCUUGCUCCCCUUGACCUCUCUCCAGCCCACCGGCACCUCAGCCACAGGAAUGCCUGCAAAUUCAGCAAGCAUGAGCAUUUCCACGUCAAAAAUCCAGCCUUCAGAGUGCAUGUAGGGAAUGAUAUAUGGCAAAGAGGCGCGGGAGAAGAGCUUGAAGCCACAUUGGGUGUCUUUUAUAGCAGCGGUGGCGGGUGGAGUAAGGAUGCGAAGGAUUAGGUGAAAGGAGUGCAUGAGGAAGUUUCGAAGCUUAGAUCGCUAGUGAGGAGUAUAUUUGUUAGUAAAUGUGGAGUGCAAGGACGGAAGAGUUAUGUGAUGCGCUUGUGAUCUUGGUGUUAAGGCGCAUAUGUGUACCAUACCUUAACCACAGCUUCGCUGCCGACUAGAUGUGCUCUGGAUCCGAUUGCAAGACCUCGAGACGACCCAUCUUCUAUGCGUUGACAGGCUGAUAGUAGCUUCCCAAGGUCGUCGAACCGACUGGCACCAUCUGCAUCGGCGAAUAUGACAUACUGGCCGCGCACAUGCCUCAUACCAUGAAUGACAGCCCCGCCUUUUCCUCUAUUCUCCGCUAGGGUGAUUACUCGGAUUGUCCCUGGUGGGAUAUGUACUCCUUCCGCGCUUGAAAUGGUUGUCCAUGGUCCUGCAUGGCUCUUGGGGUGUACCGACAGUUGAUGGUCUCUAGCAAAGGAUAGCGCGGUCUCCACGGUCCCAUCUGUGGAACCAUCCGACACAAUGAGUAUUUCCCAUCCCCGUGAUGGCACACUUAUGCUCCCAUUUGUCCUUUCGUCGAGUCUACGACGACGAGUCCCUUCCGACCUCAUGUCCUCCUUACGCAAAGCUCCAUCUUGCAGACAUUCCGCGAGAGUCCCGUACGUCUUCUCGAGAUAAUUCACAGCCUCUUCCAGCAUCCCUCCCAGCCUAUCCUCUUCGUUGUAUGCGGGCACCACGACGGACAUAAAAAGCUCCGCCUUCUCCAUUUCUUUUACGUCGCCAGAUGUACGACCUCGUAGGCUAUCUUGCCAGCAAGGCAGUAGUUGGGGCGCCGUAAUUGAUCCAUCUUCAGCAAUAGUUUUGUAUCUUUUCUCCUGCGGAAGCGGAGGGCGGGGAUUUGGCGCUACGAGGAAGAGAAGAGUAUACCCCUGCAAGACGUUUGGUCAAUUGAGUGAUAUGGAAGUCAUGUAAUAAUUUUAAAAUAAAACCCACAAGAAGAAUGAGCCCGGUAAAUGUCGAUAGGAGAAAUAUGAACCACAGCAGAGGGGGAAUGCUACCGGCGAGCUCCAGGCAUUGGGCGCAUAUCGCACUCAGGGCUUGGAAGUCCACCAUGGUUGGGUCUUCCUGGUCACAGACCAAGACGAAAAGAACGCAAAUUCUCCCUCAUUCAAAGAGCCUGCACAGAAAGUGGCGAGAAAUUAGUGAUUGGUCUUGGAUUUGCGAUCUGUGAAUGGAGGUUCUCGAAGGCUGUCAAGCAGCCACAUGUCCUUUGGUAGGAACGGUUUAAGCUUCCCGUCGCUCGUUGCUUGGCGUCAUUUGGCAGCCAAUGGCCAGGAAUCCGGCGUCGACCAACUUCAUCGCCAACCACAACUACCCUCAGCCAUCUUCAACUGUCUUUCCACCACCACAGCAACUGCUCCACACAGCAACAAUGUUACUGGAGGGCAUAUUACGCAUUGCUAGGCAUCUAUAGCUGGAUUUUGUCUCAGAAAAACGAUAACAUCGCGAAUUGAUCCUGUCACGAAUCACUGCACCGCAAGAGCAACCUCGACGGCAAGGCUGGCUGAGCAGCAUCGCAAUCCCUUAUGGACAAUGCAGGAAUAACGUUGCUUUUGCUCUGAAGAGGGUGAUGACAGAGUUCUCUCCCUUACCUAGCCCCUCCAAAUCGUCUGCGAAUGCCAAAAUUCAGGGGUGUGAUAGUACCGUUGCGUCCCAAGGGAUUAGGUGAAUAUUUAUGCCGGACAAGGCAUCGGCGCCUCAGGCGACGAAAUUUGACUCAUUACUGUCCGUUUUGGAGUCGAAAUUAUUUGUCAAUAACGUGCCUGUCCCAAGAAGCCCCGCAUCGAAUUGGUUUGCUUGCGAAUUUUUCUCCCGAGAUCCGGUGCUUCCAGCCCUGUUCAGUGGUUGUCCCCGAUGACCAAACAAGUGACUGUUUCUGCGCGGACCGGUUUGAGAUUUACAACGUUCAAUCCUUGAAUUUCCACAUGAGUUUUCCAUCUUUUCUCGUCAACCUGAUAGAAAGCAAACUGGGAUGAACGUUACAAUCCUUCGUCUCAUCACUUCUCGGAGCCUACCAGAUUUCGACUUUCCGCGAUUAUUUUCCUAAGGGACCAUAUAGAUCUUGGCAUUGCCAUUCCACAUGCGCAGCAUUAGAAGGUUAAGGACCAAUGUAACAAGGAGCUCUUUAGACAACUCGUUGCCGAGAACUGGGAAUCCAUUUACAAGGGGUCGUCCGGGCACAGAUGUCGCCUAGCAUGCUCUUCUGCAGUUCUAAUAUUGACUAGGUCUAGGCUUUACAGAGUUCCUCUUCUAGACGACACUCACAGCGAGUAGAGCAUUUUUAAUCAACCUGCCGUUUCCACACUCAGAUAUGAAGCCGUGUUUUGUCAUUAUCACACAGCGGCCUAUCUUCCCUAUUUGUGGAGCCAAGAGUUACUCUCUUGAUGAAUGUUUCACAUCACAUUUACUCACAAUAUUUGCCGCCAGGCAAAUAUCAGAUGAAGCCAAUUAAUCACAGGGAUCAGCUCAGGAGGCUCGUGGUUUUCUUCCAAUUGAACGGCUGAGUCUAAAGGCCCAUUAUUGGUGGCUCCGACUCGUGCCUCGAACGUUUCGGCGUGCCAAACAAUGAUCACAAUUCAAAAAUAUGAGAGAUCGUUUUUCAAGCACCGGGAUGUGCAUUAGUGUCACUGGGAGGUCGCCUUGGUUAUCUCACCUCUGGGAAGAAACUGGGGCACAGCUCGAAGGCUGAUUUAUGGGGUUUUCCCCUUGUCAAAUAGCCCGAGCGCACGGCGGUGUCAGAUACGUCCUCCAGACUCACGUCACAGCUCUGCUUCGAUUCGUUAUCAGGGCAUUUAUCUGAAUCAUUUUGUCUUCUUUCCUAGGCAACAGGCGGGCAAAUAAUGUGGAUAUAACGCAGAGCACAGGCAAUACAUCAAUAAAUAAAAACCCAAGAGCCGCGAGAUAACUUGAUCCUGUGUGGUGAUGAUUGGGGCUGAUCAUAACAAUACCAGUGCACAGUCAAUAGGACUAAGGGAUUUCUCCACCAUUCCGCCGCAGUGGCUUCGUUCGAGACCCGCCACAUACAAGCCAGACACGAAGGAUUUUUAUCAGGCAACCCUCCCCUAUUCCACAUGGAUCUCAUGGAGCAGCCUCGUGAGCCAGUCAAGCCAGGGCUAUCACGUGAUGGGCGAGGCGAGGAUGUGCCGACUUUGCCACAAGUAUUGCCAGGAAUGCCAAUCAGUUUAUGCAUUCAAGGCCAUCUCAGUGAUGGGCGAAAAGGAAAUUUACAUCGUAUCCACAUUUUCGGACGAGAAUUUGAAAAUGUCAGAACUGCACCCUUUUGGGGUUCAGCUGGUGCGAGAGAUCCUCGUAAUCAUUUCUUGGUUGGCAGGGUUUCGCAGCGUUGAGGAGGGGCGUGGCCGUAAAUGGCACCACGUAAGAGGGACCUCCGAAGUGAUCCGCACUUCACUAUCGGAACAGAUGGAUGCUUCUAUAUCGCAAGGAAAUUCUUAUCUAUAUCGGAUGUUGCCCGAAUCUCACAAGGCUUCAGUGCCUAGACAUUUGUUUCAACGGGGUGUUUUAUGACUCGUACAUGACGCGGAUUUAACUGACUAGAGCAGAUCCAUGCCCCGAGCUCCUGCAGUGAGGCUGUCUCAAAAGCUCUACAGCGGAAAGUUGAUGCCUAUGCCGACCACACUACAGGUUUAUGCGACUUGGAUUGUGGUUGCCGGCUCCGGGUUGUUUUGGCUUUUAACUGUGUUUUGCUUGAGGCCCGUCCUAUGCGAAUGCUCACUAAACCCGGGCGCGGAAACUUGAUUUGCAACUGCAUCACGGGAUCCAGCUUCCACGGAAUGCAGCCCCUGAGCUGUUUCUGUCUACAUAUUAACGUCAAUGGUUGUCAGACUGCCUGCCAAUAUCAUUGAUUUAACCAUUGAAUCCACUUGAAUAAAGCCUCAUGCAGAAUGAGUUGCCAAUGCUCACUUCAGCCUUUGUUCCGCAUCACCACCCACCACGCAUCCGCCUGUCUUUCAACCUCGCUGGGCCGAGAGCACGACAUAACCUCCAGACCAAGUGAAUAACAAACGACAAAUCUAGCCAAUGAUUGAGACCCACUAACGCAGAUGAGAGGCACCCCAGUAAUCCCUGCAUUCACAGCGCAGAGCCUUCGCCGGGUAGGACCGACACAUCAAGGUGCCUGAACUCUGCCCUUUGUAGUUAACGCAUGCGACUUUAAGACGCCAAACGAGAUCAAAAAGCAAAAGUCCACCGUAUCCCCUUUUUGGGCGGUGUUAACCACUAACUUCUCGAGAAGGAAAGUAUUAAACUGAAAUAAAAAGAUUGCAGCCCGGCCCAAGUGGUGCAAAUGAUACGUCUGAUGAAUCUUCCUGCACCCUCCCGCACCCGUCCGUCUGGGCCAGAAAGACAUUUUCUUUGACCGGAUUUGAUCACCGCCCUGGUAAUGUGCAUGUACAUGUACAUGUACAAUUGUCGUCAGACGAAAUGACAAUAGGAGGCUAGAUAUUCCUUAUAUUAUUCGUGAACGCUUGUAGAUACAUACAUGCGCCAAUAGGUUUGCCAUAUUGACUAGAUGAAUAGGCCUGACCUUGCAGUGGCUUUGCCUCUCGAUGAUAGGAUAAGGGAUAGAUUGUAGGUGUGGAGAGGCGUUGAGAUGACGGCGUUACUAUUCGUGUUCAGCACACUUCUCUGUCCGGAAUUAGGGCGCGUGAUCAAGUUUAUUCGUGCUGCAUUUUACGGCAAACAAUUGGAAUGGCGUGUCAGGGGGGUCAAGUAUUUAACAUAAACCGUGAGUGAUUGUGGGAAUAUCCAUGGGAGAUUUUGGCAAUGGGAAGAAUUUUUCUAUGAUGUACUUUGUCUUUUUGUGUCUGUCUGUGCGAGAUAUAUCUCCUUUACAUCCGAUUUGAUCCCCCAAUUGGUACAUCUACCACGGAAAAAAGUUUUGGCACUGAACUGAGAAGCCAAAAGAGAACUUUCCCUAAAAGCGUUGUAACCUCGUAGAGCAUAUUUUGUCCGUGUUGCUGAGAAUGAUAACGAACAACGGGGAUGAGUUACCAACUGUAGCACAAAUUGAGUGUUGGCAGUAGGUAAUUUACCUUGAGCGAAGUUAAAAUUAUCAAAUUGUAUUUGUUAACUUAUGUCCUGUUUGAAACUAUUCAUAUAUUAAAACGAAUACAGGAACCGAAAGUGUGAAUCUCCAUGACCAUCGGACAUCAUGGGAAAAUAACCGCCCGCCUUAUUAAUUAGAUGCUGAAGCCGGCCAUACAUGUGCUAAAUGUAAAUAUUAAGCGCAACGGUCCGUAUAGGAUGCGGCUUUGCGUGUGAAACAGAUAUAAGAAAUAUGCCCCGGCGUACGAAGCUGGAGACCCCCCCCCCC